GUACUCCACAAACGAUUGCAAUCGGUCGCCCAGUCCUUCGAGAACACUGGAUCGUGCGAGACCAAUUGGCAUACCGGGAGUUGUCUUAAGAAAUUCGGCGAUUGUGCCGCUCUCGAAAUCGAACCGAUCAUCUAUCAGUCAGUGCAAAGAUCGAUGACGUUCCAUUCUUCCUGAAAAUUAACAGGAGCGCACGUUUUUAUCGCACGGCCGUGAAAUUGGUACUCGAAGAUCGCUGCGUCGCAACUUCGUCCUUUCUUUGUGCGCCGCAAACUUGCGAGGAUCGAAAAUAUAGGAUCACGCGAGUUCGCUCGGAUGCGCCGCGCGGACGAUCCUAGGAUGAACUAGUGAAUCACAUUGCCACGUGAUACGUGUUACGCAUUAAAUUCAAAAGUUGACUCAAUGAACAUCACAGAAGCUCAGAUCGACAGGAUGUCGAACAUCUAUAAUAACUCCGCGGUGCGAUUCUGGCAUUACAUAUUCCACGAUUUAUCUGAUCCUCGGACUAGAGAUUGGUUUCUCAUAGCGUCGCCUAUACCUGGUGCCAGUAUUAUAAUCGGCUAUCUUUUCUUCGUUCUGUCAUGGGGUCCGCGAUACAUGGAACAUCGAAAGCCAUACAAAUUAAAUAAUGUUCUAGUCCUUUACAACUUUCUGCAAGUUCUUCUCAGCACGUGGCUCUUUUGGGAAGGUGUGGAAGGCGUGUGGUUCCACAAGUACAACUGGAGAUGCGAGCCGGUUGAUUUCUCGUACUCACCGCUUGCUAUGAGAGUCGCAAGAGGCGUUUACAUGUAUUUUCUGGCGAAACUCACAGAGCUCCUUGACACGGUGUUCUUCGUAUUGCGUAAGAAGGAAAAGCAAAUUUCAUUUCUUCAUAUGUACCAUCACACCGUGAUGCCAAUGAUAUCGUGGGGCGCUACAAAAUAUUAUCCUGGAGGCCACGGUAUUUUUAUAGGAAUCAUUAACAGUUUUGUACACAUCAUCAUGUACACGUAUUAUCUACUGGCGGCGCUGCUACCUCAUCAUCAACAUAAACGAUACCUUUGGUGGAAGAAGUACAUCACCACUCUACAAAUGAGUCAAUUCUGCCUGGCCUUUCUACACAACUUCCAAUUAUUGUUCUACGACUGCGGAUACCCGAGAUGGUCGAUCUUUUUUGUUCUGCCGAAUGCAAUAUUCUUCUACUUCUUGUUCUCGGACUUUUACAAUAACGCUUAAUCCUCGAACAAAAACGAUGAUGCGAAGCUGUCGGUCCAGAACUCGACCAGAGUGAACGGCGUCGCGGAGAAAGUGAGUAACGGCAACAUAUUGAACGGAAAAGGGAAAAGCGACUAACCGGGAACGACGACACGAUCGCAAGGAAAUGCGGUACGACCACUACCAUUGCACUUCCAUUUGAAUCGCCCUUCCACGGCCUAUACUCCGUUCAUCUCGCCAAUAUGUCAGACCGCGAAACGAUUGAUACUGAACGUUCGAUAUGCGCAAAAUGGUAAAAUGGAAACGGAAAGAGGACCAGGCAUUUUCACGGACUAAGCACAUCUGACUAUACAGCGAUUGAAUCUUCAAGCCUUUGAUAAAAACAAAAUUCAUUCAUUCAUUGCGUAUCGUUUUGUACGAUAGUGAAAUUGUAUGGAAUAGCUAAUAAUAUGUUAGUUAUGGAGAGUCUAUGCUUAAGUAGCGUGUAGAAUAUCUAUUAUAUGCAACUUCUUCUUU